AUGAAAUUACUAAUUGCUCAUGGGAAUGAUGCAAGUUUCUUGACUCUGAUUGAAAAGAUCAAGAAACUAAAUGCGAAAGCUGGUCCUUUCACACACAUUUUAAUUGUUGGUGAUGUUAAAAGUGAAACAAUUGAUAAUAUAGGAGACGUCAGUGAUUUGCCAACUUUAUAUAUAUUUGGUGCAGAAGGAGAAAGUACCAUUGAUAUUGUUCAAUUGAAUGGUUUUGGCGUAUAUGAGUGUCAGGAUAAACUUACGAUUGGAUAUACCACACAGACUACAAAGCAACUUAACGAAUCAAAGAAGGCACUUUGGAAUAAAUUUAAACAACUGGAAGACCCUGUUGAUAUAUUCAUUUCACGUGAGUGGAGUUCAAAAGUUGCUGCGUUGAAUGAGCUAUUUAGUGGUACUGAACUGCUGGAUAAUGUUGUCAAAAUGACCCAACCUAAAUAUCACAUUGCAUAUGGGGAUAACAACCAUUAUUUUGAGAGUAAACCUUUUAUUUGGGAAGACUCCAAUGAAAUAUCACGUUUUAUUAAUAUUGCAGAUUUUGAUUCUGCAAAGAAAUGGGCAUAUGCAUUCAAUCUCGAUAUGAUCAAGGGUGAAUCAGACAAUUGCACAAAGAAAUUAGACUUGAUUGACAGUCCGUAUAAUGCACCUUCACAGAAACGAGCUCUAUCCACUGAUAAACAUAUAGGUGAUAAUAACAAAGUAAUCGUGGAACCAAAGCAAAAAAGAGCCAAAAAGGUUCUCCCAAGUACCUGCCAUUUUUGUUUCACAAAUGCCAGUCUUGCGGAUCAUAUGAUUAUUUCUAUCGGUAACUCGUCAUAUCUGACAAUUGUUAAAGGCCCGUUAACGACCCCCAAAGGUGACAUGGAUUUUUCUGGUCAUUGUCUAUUGAUCCCCAUAGAGCAUAUUCCAAAAUAUAAUGUAGGUCAAGAUAAAUUCAGUGAAUCCACUUUAGUGAAGGAGAUGACCGAUUAUGAAAAUAGUGUUGUAAAGAUGAACUAUCGUAAAUUUGAUAUGUCCACUAUUGUAUUUGAAAUUAAUUCUGAAAGAUCUAUUCAUUUUCAUAAACAGAUCAUACCAGUACCCAAAUAUUUGAUUAUGAAAUUCGAGGCUGCAUUAGAUAGACAAUUACAUUUUAAUAAUGAAAAUUUUUUCAAUAAUGCCAAACUAAAUUUCAAGAAGUAUUCGUCUACAAAUGGAGAAUAUUUGAAAAUAAGAGAUGAUCCCAAGUCAAAUUAUUUACAAUUUACUGUAUAUGAGACAUCAGAAGUAGUUCCUAAGGUCUAUAUCGCCAUGUUUCAAUCCGAUAUGCGUCUUGAUCUUCAAUUUGGUAGAAGAGUUGCAGCAUUUCUGUUAAAACUCCCAAAGAGGAUAAAAUGGGAUUCUCCUGCUUGUCUUCAAUCCAAAGAACAGGAAAUAAUGGAAACGGAACAUUUCCAAAAAGGUUAUAAAGAAUUUGAUAUCAUGACACAGAUUUAA